AUGCCAACGUCUUCGGCAGCGAUGCAGAUGAGGGACACUCAAAAAUCAUUAAAAGCGGUCCCGUUUUCUGCUAAAUCAAUCAUGAAUAACGUUGAGACAGGUAGCCCACCAAGAGCAGGUGCCUUUAAGGAGAGGCCACUUAUGAAACCUACAGCUUUCAGAAAGUUCUAUGAAAGAGGAGAUUUUCCAAUUGCUCUUGAGCAUGACACAAAAGGGAACAAAAUUGCAUGGAAGAUAGAGAUAGAGAAGCUUGACUUUCAUCACUACCUACCAUUGUUCUUCGAUGGGCUGUGUGAGACAACACACCCCUAUGAGUUCUUUGCCAGGCAAGGUGUGCAUGACAUGCUUGAACAUGGAGGCUCCAAGAUUCUUCCUGUUAUCCCACAGCUCAUCAUCCCUAUCAAGAAUGCACUAAACACACGGAAUCACCAAGUGGUAUGCACAACACUGAAGGUCCUACAGCAUCUUGUGGUGUCGGGUGAGAUGGUGGGAGAAGCUCUCGUGCCCUACUACAGGCAGAUUCUCCCCAUACUCAAUAUUUUCAAGAACAAAAACUUGAAUUCAGGCGAUGGCAUUGACUAUAGCCAGCAGAAGCGUGAGAACGUUGGCGAUCUGAUCCAGGAAACACUAGAGGCAUUUGAGCGGCAUGGAGGUGAUGAUGCCUUUAUCAACAUCAAGUACAUGGUUCCCACAUACGAAUCAUGCUUGCUGAACUGAUUUUAGAAGGAGUCAAAAUGGGAGUAAGAGGUGUGAUUCGUGUAAAUACAGGAUGGUUGGAGGGAAGGGGUGGGAUGGUGAGAUAGGUUGGAAGAGAGCCAGCCGCAGAGGGUAGGGUAGCCAAGAGGAAGAGGAUUUAGGUAAGAGAAAGCCGUGUAUGUGUGUGUGUGUGUGUGUGUGUGUGUGCGUGCAUGUGUGCGUGCGUGCGUGUGUGUGAGA